AUUUUUAAUUACUCUGAAUGCUAUUGGGAAAAUCUGGAUCUCAUACAUCUCAUACUGUCAUUUUAUUGGGUUAUGGAUUCUUUAAAUAAAGCUUUAAAUGUUGCUGUUUCAUCUUUCAUGUAAGAGUCAUUAUUUUCUGCAGCAACAUCCAUGAUGCAAGUGCAUAAACACUCACGUACACACACACACACAAGAAUGUUCUGAAAAAAAAAUUCAGUCAACCAGUAUUCAUAGCGCACUCAUCCCUUCUGAGCAUUUAGUGCUGUCUAUGCCUCUCACAUGAUACAGGCUUAUUGUGGGAAAUGUCACUCGAACUGCAAAGUACACAAUGGGUUGCAUAAAGUAUGCCUUACACAAUCACUAUACAAAAGGCUUUCUAUUUGCUCCAUAUUACGGAGCUGUGCCAGCCUGCACUUCACAUUUCUCACAUAGUAGGGGGAAAAAAUGUCAGGGGUUGAGCCACAAUGGGAGCCCAUAAUUUUAUUCGGAAGGCUUCCUCAAUCUCCUGUUUUCUUGCAAAACAGAUUCCUUCCCUUAAGAAUUGUAGUUGCGGCACCUCCAGUCAUUGGUUCACUCAGUAACCUGACCUGUUUCCCUGAGCCCCAAGGCACCAAAUUAAAGCAAAGAAGGGGGAGGGGUUCUUGCUUUUCUGGUUCCCAGUGUUUUUCCCUGCAGCUCCUCUGGAAAGGGCAAGUAAGGAUAGAAUGAACGUAAUCCUUGGGGGGGGGGGAGAGAAAUAAUAACAACUAAGAAUGCACCGGACAAUCAAACGCCAAACCUUUUCCUAGUCCGAGGGCAUCCAACCAAACCCCACGAAAUGCUGACAUUGGAGAGAGGAAGGGACCCCUGCAAAGCAAAUGCUUUUCCACAUUUAUAUUUAGAUUUCUGUCAUUUAUCUCCUCAGAGAUUGGGAAAUGCCUUUUGACUGACAUCAAUGCAACCGGAGGGUUUCCCAGGCUGCUUCAUGCAUGUUUUAGCUCUUUUGAUAAAUGCUGACACAUUUCUGUGGUUGCUUUGUAGGUACCUGGGUUGAGUUAAUAGGGAGAGGUUUUCUUCCAGGUAGAAGAAAAAGCUGUGGGAAAUGUGCACAAGACUCAUGAGUUACAAGGGGCCCUUCCAGGUAGAUGGCUCCUUACUGCUACCAAACAAAGGAUAUUGGACAGCUAAUUCCAUUUUGGUUUGAUUAUUUUAAAAAUAGCAAUAGAACAAAAGAAAGGUUUGGAAGAAGUCAUGUGGAGCUAGGUAAAAUUUCAUUAGCAAAGCACAGUGAAUCGUGGAAGCAGUUCUUGUUGCAUUUACAGGUUUAUCCCACAAAGGUUGACUUCCUCCUGCCCUUUCGAUGCAUAGAGGCCCCAAAUAGCUCAUAACAAAUCCUACUUCCCCGCCUGCUAUGGUAGCUCCUGGGAUCAUCAGCAGUCCUGUACAUAAUAUAUGGGGCUGCUGACAUUCUAAGUAGCCACUAGCCAGUACGUAUGCAAAUAUGCCAAUUUAGACUUCUGUUCUGGCAAAAUCUUUGUAAUCCCUUCAUCGCAAAACCCUAUUUAUAAGACCCCCAGGAAUGGGAUUAUUUGCCAAACAUGAACUUCUCAAAAGGAAAUGUUGAAUUGUGCCACUCGGGUGACCUGAGAAACCCUUGGCUUGUUACCCAUGCUAGUAAACGUCUGUUACGUCCCAGGAAGGGCGCCCUCUAGCGUAGGUCACCCACGCGGGUUCUCAUCUUACCCAUCGGUACCACAGAAUAUGAAAGAGGAACUAGCGGAGGUGGAAGGGAAGGGGACUCGAGCGCUUUGGAAAGAUGGCUGUUUUCGAAGAAAUGCAAAGAGUGACUGGAAGAGCCAUAAAAACCACAUUAGGAAUGACGGAACUUGAUACGACACGCGUGUUUGUUUCACGUCCUUGGCCGCCAGGUCUUUCGGGCGCUCUUUCCCACGCUCUUUUUUCCGCGAAGAGGCAUGAAAAAGAGCUCGCCGCUUCGCGGUCCCGGGCGUUGCACCGCGCGUGGAAGUCCUCCGCUCACAUGUCCCCAAAGAUCGCCUCUUAGAGGGAAAAGGCGGCCGCCGCCGCCGCCGCCGCCCGCGGGCCGCAGGUCUUCUCGCCAAGGGAGCGACGUGACUCCAGCCUUCCCGCUGGUUCCUUGGAGCAAGUGGCGGGCCGAGAAGCGGCCAGGACAGGGAGGGAGCGGGGGGAGGGGGAAGGAGGCCUCGCUGCCCGGAAUGGGCUGGCCGCUGCCUGGCUGGCUGGCUGCCUGGGACGCUCUCGCCCUCCCGGCAGAACCGAGUUCCAGGAACCACGAGGCGGGGCCAGCGGAUGCUCUAUAAAAGCCUCCGAGAGGCGCUCUGGCAGCUUUGUAAAGUAGGACAAGCUAAGCGCGCUGAAGCGGACCGCUCUUCGUUCCGUCUCGCCAGCAGCCGCGCUCUGCCAGCAGCUUGGAUUGCCCCCGCGAUUCUUUUCUCGCCCCCCAGGUACCCAUCCUAGCAGCCGCUGCGCUUGGCAGCAGCCCAGAUUACUUGCAAAGCUGGCUCCCUGCGCCAUGGUCACCCACAGCAAGUUCCCCAGUGCCGGGAUGAGCCACCCGCUGGACACCAGCCUGCGCCUCAAGACGUUCAGUUCCAAGAGUGAAUAUCAGCUGGUGGUGAAUGCUGUGCGCAAGCUGCAGGAGAGUGGCUUCUACUGGAGCACGGUGACAGGUGGUCAGGCCAACCUGCUCCUGAGCGCUGAACCCAUCGGCACCUUCCUCAUCCGUGACAGCUCAGACCAGCGCCAUUUCUUCACUCUGAGCGUCAAGACUGAGUCAGGCACCAAAAACUUGCGGAUCCAGUGUGAAGGAGGUAGCUUCUCACUCCAGAGUGAUCCGCACAGCAGCCAGCCUGUGCCCCGCUUUGACUGCGUUCUCAAACUUGUUCAUCACUACAUGCCCCUCCCUGAGCAACAACCAGGGCAGGCAUCACACCCUAAACGUGCCUACUAUAUCUACUCAGGUGGAGAGAAGAUCCCGCUGGUGCUGAGCCGCCCCCUCUCCUCCAGUGUCUCCACCCUGCAACAUUUGUGUCGCAAGACUGUCAAUGGGCACUUGGAUUCCUAUGAGAAAAGGACCCAACUUCCCACUCCCAUCAAAGACUUCUUGGACCAGUAUGAUGCGCCUUUCUAAGGGGCUUUUUCAGCAGGAUUAGCCCGUGACACAAGCACAAGAGCAGGACGAGGAAAGGACAGAGAUGGGAGAAUCCAGGACAAAACUCACCCUUUCCCCCCCCCCCAGCAUGUGGAUUAUGAAAGGGGCAGAGGGGCCCAGCACACAGAAUAGCCUAGGAACCUCUGCCCAGCACAGAAACUGUCUUGCUGUUGCUUGUGCUUGAUAAAAUCCCCAAAGGGGGAUUUGUGCAAGUGACUGAUGCUGUUGGACUAUUGAACAGGCUGUUGCUCCUUGACAAAACUCUCUCUCUGGCUUAGGAUGGGGAUGAUAGGAUGGUUUGCAGACUUCCUUAACCAACGGACCGUUUACAAAGAGCUGUUUGCUCUACACUGGACCAGACCACCUCUAAUGACUUUUGACCAGAACCAUUCUUCUGACAAAGGAAUGCACGCACUGGAAUCCAGCUAGUGCCUGAAAAUCAAAUGUUUUCCUCAGUUUUAAGGGGGAAAUCUUUUUUAUUACGGCUAUUGUUAUUAAUCUUUACCUCUUGCAACUUCCAGGAGGGACAAAUCUCCUUUCAACCCAAGUCUCUUCCUUGGAGGUUGUUGCCACAACAUUUUAUUCAUGGGACUAAGCCUUAAGAAGAAAUCCACAUCCUCCAUAGACUAUUAAUGAAAUACCGUCAAGAAAACACCAUUCAUUCUCUGGGCCAUCAUGCAGGCAAGGGACAUAACCCUCUGAAAUGUCUUUAUUGCUUUUUGGAACACCAAACUGAAUGUUACAUGAGCCGGUGUUUCUCCUGAGUGUUUAUUUUACCUUGACUUCUGCUCAGGCUGCUAAUUUCUUGCCUUCCUUUUUGGAGUUUUAGCUCAUCAAAAAAUGGCAUUACAUCUAUAACAGAGGUUGUGGAUUUGUUUGGGUCCUCGAUUGCACUGAGUAACUGAAAACCGUACAAGAAUGUAGCAACAAGAGAAUUACCUGGAACUCCUUAAUUUAACUUUUUUUUUUUUGUAAAAAACUGUAACCAAAAUUUUGUGGUUUCAUCUUAUUUUUGCAUAUCAGGGUUUUAGAAGGGCAGAUAAGGUUUUGUUUUUACAGAAAGAAAUGUUUACAGACCUGCCUAAGAAAAAAUUGUUCUGUCUUUUAUAAAGAUUCCACCCUUCAGCCUUGAAGGCUGUUAGACAUGCUUGAAGACUCCACCCAAAAAUUUAAACUUGGAAGAAAACUUUGCACAUCUAUUUAUAUUUAUAUUCAAGGGACUUUAAAGACAGCAUUCAAUAAUUUAUAAUAAAAAGCACUAUUUUUUAAAGUAA